AGACCAUCUUGCCAUGAAACCCUUCACAGAUGAAGAUGUAGAAAUCUACAUCCAGAGCAAGGUGGAAAGGCGGCAUUACCUGGUUUCCAAAGCAGUGGAGGAGGUGCAGAAAAUCAUCCAGCAGCUGACUGCAGAAAUCAGCUACAAGGCCGUGCGAUUCCAGGCCAUCUCCAACUCUGGCAUCCACAAUGAGAACAUUAAGGUGUUAGCACCCAGCCAGUUCCUCAUCACAGUUCCUCUGCGUGGCCUGACGGGUUACAGGGAGUGCCAGGUACGGCACUGGCGCUAUUACACCGUGCAUGGAGCCAAGCUCCUCUCCUCCGUGCGAGACCCUGAGGAACUGCACCAGUGGCUGGAGGUGGAGCAGUUCUCAAAAAGCCUCCAGCAGUGGCAUGAAGAGGAUGUGAACAUCGAGGGUGAUCUGGUUCCAGCCAAGGUCCUUAUCGUCUUCCGGGAGCUGGUGGAGAAGUCGAUUGUCUCCUGUAACCUCUCCAGUAAAGUGACAGUGCUGGAGAGCUUCAGCUCAGUGGUCCGUGUGGCUGUGGAGACGUCAGAAUCCCAGGUUGAGGUGGAGCUGGUCCCUGCUGUGGAGAUUCCAACGUGCUGGCCUGAGAAAGCCCGGUGGCCUCGUUGCCUUAAGCGUUGGCCUUCUCAGGAAAAAGUGCAAUGCAUCAAGUCGCUGGGUUUCGACCUCCUAGCCCGCUCUAAUUAUCACUGGCAGCUGUGCUUCUCCCGUGCUGAGCACAUCCUCAUGGAGGGACUUGACGAAGAUGGUGGCUGUCGCAGGAAGUGCUUCAGGGUCAUGAGGCAGAUGAAGGAAGAUGUCUGGUGUGCUGGCAAUAAGCCUGUCAUCACAGCUUAUCACCUUCAGACAGUGCUAUUCUGGACGUGUGAAAAAUACCCACGCACCAAGGAUUGGCGCUGCUUCCCUGAAGCCUUUCUGAGGCUGGUACAGAAGCUGCACAAGUGUGUAAGCCAGCACUUCCUCAAGCAUUACUUUCUCAAGAACACCAAUCUGCUCAAAUAUGCCAACACCAGUGACCUGGACCUGGUGGCCAGCAAGCUGGCAGUCUUCUUGGAGAACCCUGUUUUCUGCCUGGACUAAGGCAGGCAAAGUCAUGUCCCAACCCUGAGUGGAUCCCCAGCUCCUCUCCCCACCUGUGGUUGCUCCCUGUGUCCUUCCAGUCGAUGUUGCAGCUGGCUCUGUGAGACAGUUGGCACAUGCAGCGCUAAAGAGAAGUGUGGAGCUGGCAGCGGUGGGCGGUGAAAACUGAUGGGAGGUAUCACUUGAUGCCCAGCUGAUCUAAUUUGCUUUCAACAGUGACAGCCUGCCUGGAAGCUACAGCCAGUGAAACCCAACUUUGUGUGUCAGUCAGAGCAGGCAACUGCCUUGUUCUGUGUCUCCAGUCUUGUGGCACCUAAGCUGAAAGGCAGCGCAAAGGAGUCUCGCUCUGCUGCCUCUGUAACCCAGCACUUGUAUUGUUGCUGCACUCGCCUUUCUCACAAGGACAGCAGGUUUAAUUGCCUGCUUACCUCACAGGCCAGCUCUGCAGAGAGGCAGAGGAACAUUUCUGAGGUGUUCUGGAAGCUUUCUCAGAGGAAAUUCAAUUCAGGGAGAUCCUGCUCCACUAGGAAUCCAGUAGGGAUUUAAACAUGCUGCUAGUGUUGAAGAGGUCAAUGGAAGCAAGAAGAGGAACAGUGGGGUUUGCCUCUUCAUUUUUCUCUCCUCCACUUAUGUUUUUCUUCCAAUUUCUUCAAAUAUGUCUUUUUCAUGUUUGCCUUUGCCAGUUGUGUUAGUGCCAUACAUUUAGGGGGCUUUGGCAGGGCAGAUUUCACUCCCAUCCCUGGCUCUACCAAGCAGGCUGGACAAGGAGCAGGUCUUUCCCUACUUCUUAACACCUAUGUAUUUUUGGGUGCAGUGCAGAAGAGAGUUUUUUUCAAAGGCUCUUAACUCCAAGACUCUCAGUGCUUUUAAUUUUGAGGAAGUUUCAAAACAACAUGGAUUUUAGUAUUUCAAAAGAACAGAGCUUUAGAAUUAAUAUAAAGAAUGCUGGAUUUAAUGUUAUUAAA